AUGUCCGAACAGACGGAGGAUUAUCACGCCUUGCUGGAGCCGCUGGUCGCCAAGGUGAGCUCGAUUCUCGGCAAAAGUUUCGAGAACGUGCGCUACGAGGUGUCUGUUCCUAGCGACUCGUUCUUCAUUUCGAAUCUAUUUUUCGUCAAUAUUGUCUGGAAUGCCAGUCCCGUCGGCGACGACGAGGCGAAGAGGAGAGCGUCGACCAGCAUAGUGGUGAAGAAAAUGCCGCCAGAAACGAUACAAGAGACGAUGAAAUCCAAGGAACAGUUCGAAAACGAGAUAUUGUUUUACCAGAAGUACGUCCAGUAUUACGAUCGGGUCCCUCGUUGUAUCUACGCCACGGACGAAUCGUCGUCGCUCGGCUCGGUGAUCGUUUUGGAGAACGUCAGCACCAAACGUGGCUACAGUAUGUGCAAAUGGAAGUACGACACGCCAUUGGAGUACACGGUGGCCGCGUUCCGAGAGAUCGCGAGGUUCCACGCGAUAGCGUACGCGACGAAGAGGACUCGCGAGAAGAAGUUCUUCGAUUUCGUGAACGCCAUUCAAGAUAUCAAGUUCUAUCCGGAGUCGAGUUUGAAGGACAUAUUCAACGGGACCGCGACCAGAUCGCUUGACUUCCUUCGCAAGCAACAUCACGACAAAGAAUUCUGCGACAAAUUGGAAGCUCGAUUGGCGAACACGUUUGACGACUUGAUCUUGAAGUUCACCGAGGCCGAGGAGCCUCUUGCCACUCUGUGCCACGGCGACUUCACGAUCAAUAACAUGUUAUUCAAGAAAGAGGGUGACGAGCAGAAAGUCAUCUUCAUCGACUUCGCGCUGAUACAGUACGGAUCGCCGAUUUUGGAUCUGUCUACGUUUUUGUGCUUGCACAGUGCCAGAGACGUGGACAAAGUUAUGUUGGACAAUGUUCUGAGAGUGUACCACGAUUCCUUGAUACGACACCUCAAGGAGAACGGUAUAGACUGCGAGGAUUAUUCGUACGAAGCUUUGUACGAAGAUUACAAGAAGAGGGGUCUGUUCGGAUUUUUCAUUGCCUCGUUCUUCUUAGCGACACAGAUGGGCAAGUUUGAUGGACAGAUAGAAGAUUUCGCGAAAAUAGAUCCGGCAGAGUGGCCAGCGCUUUCGCGUCAGUUGGGCGGAGAAGAAAUUGACGAAAUUUUGGCGAACAUGUUGUUGAAAUUAAAGGAAUUUGGGUGUCUGGAUUACAUAUUGUGA